AUGCGGACGGAGAGUCGGUGUCUGGUGCUGUGGCUGACGCUGCAUCAUCAUUCAUCAUCACCGUCGGCGGCGGCCGCGGCUGCUACGGGAGCGGGCUCGGGCUCGAAAGCCGGCGGAGACGCGCGAGCAGGAGCACCGGCCGAGGACAGCGCCGAUGAUGCCAUGGACGACGAGGAGGAACGGGACGACCCGCGGCCGACUGGUGACGACAGCAGAGUCGCCGCAACCGGGGCUCCAGCAGAACGGGCGCCGGGUGGUUCUUCGCUAGGAGGGGGCCCGUCGAGCGACCUUGAGACCACGUCGUCGCCUGCGUCUCUGACGAACGCCGGGGCAGCGGCAGGAGGAGUCGAAGAAGACGUGCUAGAUGAUGUGGUUUCUGACGCUACGGUAAGCGGCGGCGGCGACGAAGGCCCGACCCCUGCGGACGAAGUUGGGGCCGAGAUGGCUACCGCCGCCGCCGCCGCCGCCGCCGUCGUCGACGGCGUUCCACCUUCUUCCCCUUGUCCCUCGUCUCCUGCUGCCGCCGCCGACGGUACUGGAGCCUCUCCCGGAGCGGCGUCGGCUCUCCCCACCGCCACUACCGCCGUAACGACUAGCCGGACGACGACAGCAGCAUCGCCUCCGCCGAGAGCCGUGGCCGCAAAGCUUGGCGGCGGUGCGGGGGCUGAGGCUGCCGCCGCCGCCGAGCCGAUGGAGAUGGAGACUUCUGGAGCCCAGAGUACAAAGCCGGCGGGGGGGCUGAGCAAGGGGACAGCAGCAGCAGCAGCAGCGUCAAGAGAGAAAGGAGCGGGAGCGGCGACGGCGGGCAGCACAGACGGCCACGAGACAACGACCAAACACCGCGACGAAGGGCGGGGGGGGGCGGUGGCGGAGGCGGCGGCGGGGGGGAUGGCAACGGAGACGAAGGGGCGGCGGCGGAGGAGAGGAGGACGGCUCUCAGCCAGAUGCUUGACGAAGACCCUUCGGAACGCAGGCGAAAGUGCGACCGGGACGAGUGCGAGCAGAUGGCGACACACGGCUUCAUCCUCCCCCGUCUUUGUGGGCAGCACUCGGAAGCACGGCGGCAGCAUCGGGAGCGGCGGCGGCGACAACGGCGGUGGUAACGGCCGAAGUGCAGGAGCGGCGGGGAGUUCGAUAUCCUCUGGAGGCGUUGGCGGAGGUCGGGGCGGCGGCGGCGGUGGUGUUAAUCGCGGCGGUAGGGGGAGCGGCGGCGGCGGCGGCGGCGGAAAGGACGGGGUCGACGGCGGCGGGGCCAGGGCGGGGGCGGGCGCGGCGGCGAAGGGCGGCGGCGGCGGCGGCACCGCGGCGCCCCCGCGCCUGCCGACGUACAGCACGACCGGCACCCAGCCACCGCGGUUCGGGAAGCAGGACAAGGCGUUGCUGGCGACUCACGGUGCGAAGCAGCCCAAGGGAAAGCACCCCGGGUACAUCAUCACGCUCUACGGCAAGAAGGUCCGGCGUUGCGGGGAGUGCGCCCCCUGUCGAUCGGCGGACUGCGGGCAGUGCCGCUACUGCGUGGACAUGCCAAAGCACGGCGGCAGGGGGUCGUACAAGCAGCCUUGCGAGGCUCGAAAGUGUGCCUGGGUCGAGUUCGACCGCAAAGCGAAGACGGUGAUCACGCAGCUGUCCAGCGAGCAGCAGCAGCGCAGCGGCUUCGGCGGCGGCGGCGGCGGCGGCGGCGGCACCCCCGGGAGGAGCUCGGCAUCGCCGAGGGGAAGGGGUCGAAGAGGGGGGUCCCUGGCGGCAACCAGCGGUGGCCGGGGGGGGGGUAUCGGCAGCGGCGACCUCUACGAAGACCGCGGAGCGGGAGGGGGGGGGGGGAAACGAAACUUCUCCUCUCCGUCUUCCGCGUCCUC